CCCAUACAACAAUUAACUCAAUGUGAUGACUUUCAUAACUCUAAGUUGUCGAAUUAAUUUGAGGCAUCGUGAAGUUUGGUCAACUGGGUCAUUCGCCAAAAGAAUCUAGUAAAAUUUCGAAUAGGAUUUGAAAGCGAAAAAUCAAUCAAACUCACGGAUGUAUGAGUAUCUAUGAUUCCACAUAUAUAAUUGCUAAUGAUUCUACUGAGCAUUCACAUUCUUUUUUUUUUCUAUAACUAUUUUGCCAUGAAGUUUAAUAACACCAAUAAUUGUCAUAUAUUAUAAUUAUAUUAUCAUAAACACUAAUAACAUACAUAAAAUAUUUUUAUUAUUAGGGUUAGGUGUAAAACGACAUUGUUUUCCUCUUCGGUAGGAGUGCUAAUCGAUUCGAUAUCAGUUAACCACUAGCUUAUAUGACGAUUAGUGAUUAACCACAGAGCAAAAAUGCUUAAUGAUUACCGAACGAUGAAUCUUAUUGAUUAACCGUAUGUUAUCGAUUAGUUUGGAGACUAUCCACUAACCAAUAACAACAUUCGAGUUCCAACUCUUUGACACAUUCGAGACUUUGUGUGGAAUGUUGUUUGCAAUAGGUUGUAAAAUUAGGUGUUUGGAAUCCUGAAUUCGGUUGGUUUUGAAUCGUUGGACUUUUCCUUUUACCCAAAAAACGUGAAACUAUGUGGCUUUAAUAGUAUGCGGUUAUCAGUUAAUCACUACAGAAAAACAAAUACCCGAAAUCUAACUACUAAAGAGAUGGAUUAUCGAUUAACCACCAACCACCGUUAUUAGUCAAAACCAAUAACCGACUAACCGUUUGCCAGCCCUACUCUUCGAGUGUUGGGUCAAGUGAAAAGUGGACCGUGUUGUGGCCAAUACCACGCCCAAUCCAACCCAAUUUGUUAAAUUCCAAAAGUCGAUAUUGGACCGGGUUGGAUACCCACAGGCCACAACCACAAGUGCAGGUUGAAUCGCCGCCAUGCCACUAGGUCAUAAAAUUCCGCCCAAGCCGGCGUCGCCUAUAUAUUUGAUUGCUUUUUGCGCAAAUCAAAGCCUAAAACCUCCCCAGUAAACGAGCCGGGAAAACCCUAGCAGCGUUCGUCGAGCUCUCUGCGAAAAUGACUUUGGAAGCAGUGAACCCGAAGGCCUACCCGCUGGCCGAUGCUCAGCUCUCAAUCACCAUUCUCGACCUGGUUCAGCAAGCGGCCAACUACAAGCAGCUCAAGAAGGGAGCAAAUGAAGCUACCAAGACACUGAAUAGGGGUAUCUCUGAGUUCGUUGUCAUGGCUGCCGAUACCGAGCCACUUGAGAUUCUUCUCCACCUUCCGUUGCUUGCUGAGGACAAGAAUGUCCCAUAUGUUUUUGUUCCUUCAAAGCAAGCACUUGGGAGAGCCUGCGGUGUCACGAGACCUGUCAUCGCUUGUUCUGUGACAACCAACGAAGGAAGCCAACUGAAAUCCCAGAUACAACAGCUCAAGGACGCCAUUGAGAAGCUGUUGAUCUAAGGGAAAAACAACUUCUCAUAGAUAGGUGUACUCGGUAUGAUGGGCCUCUUGGAUCGUUGAUUUGGUCUCUCCCUUGGAGUGAGGCUUUGACUGGAUGGAGUUGUACCACUAGUGGGUGAACACAGAAGCAUCUUUUGUUUUUCCAUGUCCUCUUGUGUUAUUUAAAAGUGAUCAAAUUACGUUUGAUAUGUAUUCCCCAAAACUUGAAGUGGAGAUGCUUUGUAUGUUAAAGAGUGAGCUGCUGUUCUGCGAGACUUUAAUGUUAUGACGAUAAAUUUUGAGUUUUGAU